CUGCUCUCAUACUUAGUCCAACAGCUGCUCUCAUACUUAGUCCAAUAGCUGCUCUCAUACUUAGUCCAACAGUUGCUCUCAUACUUAGUCCAAUAGCUGCUCUCAUACUUAGUCCAAUAGCUGCUCUCAUACUUAGUCCAAUAGCUGCUCUUACACUUAGUCCAACAGCUGCUCUCAUACUUAGUCCAAUAGCUGCUCUCAUACUUAGUCCAAUAGCUGCUCUCAUACUUAGUCCAAUAGCUGCUCUUACACUUAGUCCAACAGCUGCUCUUACACUUAGUCUAAUAGCUGCUCUUACACUUAAUCCAACAGCUGCUCUCAUACUUAGUCCAACAGCUGCUCUCAUACUUAGCCCAACAGCUGCUCUCAUACUUAGUCUAACAGCUGCCCUCAUACUUAGUCCAACAGCUGCUCUCAUACUUAGUCCAACAGCUGCUCUCAUACUUAGUCCAACAGCUGCCCUCAUACUUAGCCCAACAGCUGCUCUCAUACUUAGUCCAACAGCUGCCCUCAUACUUAGUCCAGCAGCUCCUCUCAUACUUAGCCCAACAGCUGCCCUCAUACUUAGCCCAACAGCUGCUCUCAUACUUAGUCUAACAGCUGCCCUCAUACUUAGUCCAACAGCUGCUCUCAUACUUAGUCCAACAGCUCCUCUCAUACUUAGUCCAACAGCUGCCCUCAUACUUAGCCCAACAGCUGCUCUCAUACUUAGCCCAACAGCUGCCCUCAUACUUAGCCCAACAGCUGCCCUCAUACUUAGCCCAACAGCUGCCCUCAUACUUAGCCCAACAGCUCCUCUCAUACUUAGUCCAACAGCUGCCCCCAUACUUAGUCCAGCAUCUGCUGCAGUGAUUUUACGUUACCCCCUCCCCCCCCCCGCUCUUCCCAUAGGGGGAUAA